CCAUUCUUUUCCAUUUUUCCUUUUCUUCAACUCUUUCUUUCACCCAUUCUUUCUUUUUUUUCUUUCUUCCUCUCUUUCUUUUCACCCAUUCUUUCUUUCUUCCUUUCUUCAUCUCUUUUCUUUCACCCAUUCUUUCUUUCUUCCUUUUCUUCAUCUCUUUCUUUCACCCAUUCUUUUUUUUUUUUUCUUCAUCUCUUUCUUUCACCCAUUCUUUCUUUCUUCCUUUUCUUUUCAUCUCUUUUCUUUCACCCAUUCUUUCUUUCUUCCUUUCUUCAUCUCUUUCUUUUCACCCAUUCUUUUUCUUUUCUUCCUUUCUUCAUCUCUUUCUUUCACCCAUUCUUUUCUUUCUUUCCUUUCUUCAUCUUUUCUUUCACCCAUUCUUUCUUUUUUCCUUUCUUCAUCUCUUUUCUUUCACCCAUUCUUUUCUUUCUUCCUUUCUUCAUCUCUUUUUUUUCACCCAUUCUUUCUUUCUUCCUUUCUUCAUCUCUUUCUUUCACCCAUUCUUUCUUUUUCCUUUCUUCAUCUCUUUCUUUCACCCAUUCUUUUCUUUCUUCCUUUCUUCAUCUCUUUCUUUCACCCAUUCUUUCUUUUCUUCCUUUCUUCAUCUUUUCUUUCACCCAUUCUUUUCUUUCUUCCUUUCUUCAUCUCUUUCUUUCUCUUUCUUUCUUUUUUUCCUUUCUUUCUCUCUUUCUUUCAUUCUUUUUCUUUCUUCCUUUCUUCAUCUCUUUCUUUCACCCAUUCUUUCUUUCUUCCUUUCUUCAUCUCUUUCUUUCACCCAUUCUUUCUUUUUUUCCUUUCUUCCUCUCUUUCUUUCACCCAUUCUUUCUUUUUUUUCUUUCUUCUUUCUUUUCUUUCACCAUUCUUUUCUUCUUUCUUCAUCUCUUUUCUUUCACCCAUUCUUUCUUUUUUUCUUUCUUCCUUUCUUUCUUUCUCUUUCACAUUCUUUCUUUCUUCCUUUCUUCAUCUCUUUUCUUUUCACCCAUUCUUUCUUUCUUCCUUUCUUCCUCUUUUCUUUCACCCAUUCUUUCUUUCUUCCUUUCUUCAUCUCUUUCUUUCACCCAUUCUUUCUUUUUUCCUUUCUUCAUCUCUUUCUUUUCUUCCAUUCUUUUCUUUUUCCUUUCUUCAUCUCUUUCUUUCACCCAUUCUUUCUUUUUUUUUCCUUUCUUCCUCUUUCUUUCACCCAUUCUUCUUUUUUUUCCUUUCUUCCUCUCUUUUCUUUCACCCAUUCUUUCUUUUUUUCCUUUCUUCCUCUCUUUUUUCUUUCCUUUCUUCUUUCUUUUCCUUUCUUCCUCUCUCUUUCUUUCUUUCAUUCUUUCUUUUUUUCCUUUCUUUCUUUCUUUUCUUUCACCCAUUCUUUUCUUUCUUCCUUUCUUCAUCUCUUUCUUUCUUUUUCUUUCUUUUUUUUUCUUUCUUCAUCUCUUUCUUUCACCCAUUCUUUCUUUUUCCUUUCUUUCUUUCUUUCACCCAUUCUUUUUCUUUCUUCCUUUCUUCAUCUCUUUCUUUCACCCAUUCUUUCUUUCUUCCUUUCUUCAUCUCUUUCUUUCACCCAUUCUUUCUUUUUUUUCCUUUCUUCUCUCUUUCUUUCACCCAUUCUUUCUUUUUUCCUUUCUUCUCUCUUUCUUUCUUCUUUUUCUUUUUCCUUUCUUCCUCUCUUUCUUUUUUCCAUUCUUUUUUUUUCUUCUUCCUCUUCAUCUCUUUUCUUUCACCCAUUCUUUCUUUUUUCUUCCUUUCUUCAUCUCUUUUCUUUCUUUCACCCAUUCUUUCUUUUCUUCUUUCUUCAUCUCUUUCUUUCACCCAUUCUUUCUUUUUUCCUUUCUUCAUCUCUUUCUUUCACCCCAUUCUUUCUUUCUUCCUUUCUUCAUCUCUUUCUUUCACCCAUUCUUUCUUUCUUUCUUUCUUCAUCUCUUUCUUUCACCCAUUCUUUCUUUUUCCUUUCUUCCUCUCUUUUCUUUCUUUCAUUCUUUUCUUUUCUUCCUUUUUCUUCAUCUCUUUCUUUCACCCAUUCUUUUUUUUCCUUUCUUCCUCUCUUUUCUUUCACCCAUUCUUUCUUUUUCCUUUUUUCUUCAUCUUCUUUCUUUCACCCAUUCUUUCUUUUUUCCUUUCUUCCUCUCUUUCUUUCACCCAUUCUUUCUUUUCCUUUCUUCCUCUCUUUCUUUCACCCAUUCUUUCUUUUUUUUCUUCCUCUCUUUCUUUCACCCAUUCUUUCUUUUUUCCUUUCUUCCUCUCUUUCUUUCACCCAUUCUUUCUUUUUUCCUUUCUUCCUCUCUUUCUUUCACCCAUUCUUUCUUUCUUCCUUUCUUCAUCUCUUUCUUUCACCCAUUCUUUCUUUUUUCCUUUCUUCAUCUCUUUCUUUCACCCAUUCUUUCUUUUUUCCUUUCUUCCUCUCUUUCUUUCACCCAUUCUUUCUUUUUUCCUUUCUUCCUCUCUUUCUUUCACCCAUUCUUUCUUUCUUCCUUUCUUCAUCUCUUUCUUUCACCCAUUCUUUCUUUUUUCCUUUCUUCAUCUCUUUCUUUCACCCAUUCUUUCUUUUUCCUUUCUUCCUCUCUUUCUUUCACCCAUUCUUUCUUUCUUCCUUUCUUCAUCUCUUUCUUUCACCCAUCUUUUCUUUCUUCCUUUCUUCAUCUCUUUCUUUCACCCAUUCUUUCUUUUUUUCCUUUCUUCAUCUCUUUUUCUUUUCACUCCAUUCUUUCUUUCUUCCUUUCUUCAUCUCUUUCUUUCACCCAUUCUUUCUUUCUUCCUUUCUUCAUCUCUUUCUUUUCACCCAUUCUUUCUUUCUUCCUUUCAUCAUCUCUUUCUUUCACCCAUUCUUUCUUUUUCCUUUCUUCCUCUCUUUCUUUUCCCCAUUCUUUCUUUCUUCCUUUCUUCAUCUCUUUCUUUCACCAUUCUUUCUUUUUUCCUUUCUUCCUCUCUUCUUUCUUUCCCAUUCUUUCUUUCUUCCUUUCUUCAUCUCUUUCUUUCACCCAUUCUUUCUUUCUUCCUUUCUUCAUCUCUUCUUUUUCACCCAUUCUUUCUUUUUUCUUUCUUCAUCUCUUUCUUUCACCCAUUCUUUUCUUUUUUUCCUUUCUUCCUCUCUUUCUUUCACCCAUUCUUUCUUUCCUUUCUUCCUCUCUUUUUCUUUUUCCCAUUCUUUCUUUUUUCCUUUCUUCCUCUUUUAUUUCACCCAUUCUUUCUUUUUUUCCUUUCUUCCUCUCUUUCUUUCACCCAUUCUUUUUUUUCCUUUCUUCCUCUCUUUCUUUCACCCAUUCUUUCUUUCUUCCUUUCUUCAUCUCUUUCUUUCACCCAUUCUUUCUUUUUCCUUUCUUUCAUCUCUUUUUCACCCAUUCUUUCUUUUUUCCUUUCUUCAUCUCUUUCUUUCACCCAUUCUUUUCUUUCUUCCUUUCUUCAUCUCUUUCUUUCACCCAUUCUUUUUCUUCCUUUCUUCAUCUCUUUUCUUUCACCCAUUCUUUUCUUUUUUUUUUCUUCCUCUUUCUUUCUUUCACCCCAUUCUUUCUUUUUCCUUUCUUCCUUUCUUUCUUUUCACCCAUUCUUUCUUUCUUCCUUUCUUCAUCUCUUUCUUUCUCCCCCAUUCUUUCUUUUUUCCUUUUCUUCAUCUCUUUUCUUCACCCAUUCUUUUUUUUCCUUUCUUCCUCUCUUUCUUUCACCCAUUCUUUCUUUCUUCCUUUCUUCAUCUCUUUCUUUCACCCAUUCUUUCUUUCUUCCUUUCUUCAUCUCUUUCUUUCACCCAUUCUUUCUUUUUUCCUUUCUUCAUCUCUUUCUUUCACCCAUUCUUUCUUUCUUCCUUUCUUCAUCUCUUUUUCUUUCACCAUUCUUUCUUUUUUUCCUUUCUUCCUCUCUUUCUUUCACCCAUUCUUUCUUUCUUCCUUUCUUCAUCUCUUUCUUUCACCCAUUCUUUUCUUUCUUCCCUUUCUUUCAUCUCUUUCUUUCACCCAUUCUUUCUUUUUUCCUUUCUUCAUCUCUUUCUUUCACCCAUUCUUUCUUUCUUCCUUUCUUCAUCUCUUUCUUUCACCCAUUCUUUCUUUCUUCCUUUCUUCAUCUCUUUCUUUCACCCAUUCUUUCUUUCUUCCUUUCUUCAUCUCUUUCUUUCACCCAUUCUUUCUUUUUUCCUUUCUUCCUCUCUUUCUUUCACCCAUUCUUUCUUUUUUCCUUUCUUCCUCUCUUUCUUUCACCCAUUCUUUCUUUCUUCCUUUCUUCAUCUCUUUCUUUCACCCAUUCUUUUCUUUUUUUCCUUUCUUCAUCUCUUUCUUUCAAUUCAUUCUUUCUUUUUUUCCUUUCUUCAUCUCUUUCUUUCACCCAUUCUUUCUUUCUUCCUUUCUUCAUCUCUUUCUUUCACCCAUUCUUUCUUUCUUCCUUUCUUCAUCUCUUUCUUUCACCCAUUCUUUCUUUUUUCCUUUCUUCCUCUCUUUCUUUCACCCAUUCUUUCUUUUUUCCUUUCUUCCUCUCUUUCUUUCACCCAUUCUUUCUUUCUUCCUUUCUUCAUCUCUUUCUUUCACCCAUUCUUUCUUUUUUCCUUUCUUCAUCUCUUUCUUUCACCCAUUCUUUCUUUUUUCCUUUCUUCCUCUUUUCUUUCACCCAUUCUUUCUUUCUUCCUUUCUUCAUCUCUUUUCUUUCACCCAUUCUUUCUUUUCUUCCUUCUUCAUCUCUUUCUUUCACCCAUUCUUUCUUUUUUCCUUUUCUUCAUCUCUUUCUUUUUCACCCAUUCUUUCUUUUCUUCCUUUCUUCAUCUCUUUCUUUCACCCAUUCUUUCUUUUUUCCUUUCUUCAUCUCUUUCUUUCACCCAUUCUUUCUUUCUUCCUUUCUUCAUCUCUUUCUUUCACCCAUUCUUUCUUUCUUCCUUUCUUCAUCUCUUUCUUUCACCCAUUCUUUCUUUCUUCCUUUCUUCAUCUCUUUCUUUCACCCAUUCUUUCUUUCUUCCUUUCUUCAUCUCUUUCUUUCACCCAUUCUUUCUUUUUUCCUUUCUUCAUCUCUUUCUUUCACCCAUUCUUUCUUUCUUCCUUUCUUCAUCUCUUUCUUUCACCCAUUCUUUCUUUCUUCCUUUCUUCAUCUCUUUCUUUCACCCAUUCUUUCUUUGUUCCUUUCUUCAUCUCUUUCUUUCACCCAUUCUUUCUUUCUUCCUUUCUUCAUCUCUUUCUUUCACCCAUUCUUUCUUUCUUCCUUUCUUCCGUUCUUUCUUUCAUCCAGUCUUUCUUUUUUCCUUUCUUCCACUCUUUCUUUCAUCCAUUCUUUCUUUUUUUCCUUUUUUCCGUUCUUUCUUCCUCUCUUUCUCUCACGCAUUCUUUCUUUCUUCCUUCCUUCCGUUAUUUCUUUCUUACUUUCUUCCUUUCUUUCUUUCAUCUUGUCUUUCUUUUUUCCUUUCUUACGUUCUUUCUUUCUCCGUUCUUUCUUUUUUUCUUCCGUUAUUCCUUUCUUUUUUUCUUUCGUUCUUUUUUUCAUUCAUUUUUUUCUUCCUUUCUUCCGUCCUUCUUUCUUCCUUUCUUCUCUUCUUUCUUUCUUCCUUUUUUUUCUUUCAUCCAUUCUUUCCUUCUUCCUUUCUUCUGUUUUUCUUCCUUUCUUUAUUUUAA